AUGGGAGCGGAUGAGUUUGCGAGGGGAAGACCUGAUCGUGCGCAUAGGUCUAGAAGAUCUGUUAAUGGAAUAUGUUCUGAGGACAUAUUCUUGAGGACCAUGGGUAUUCAUUCAAGAACCCUCUUCUUUCUCCUCUUGAUGUUAUACACCACCACAGUUUUUAACCGAACCACCCUCAGAUUCGAUGAAGCCUAUUCCCCUCUCUUAAGUGAUUUCAACAUUCAACGGUUACCCGACGACAAGUCUAUUCGUCUCCUCCUUAAUCGUUUUUCAGGUUCUGGAAUUAUAUCAUCUGAUUAUUACAAGUAUGGUUUCUUCAGCGCAAGCAUCAAGUUACCGGCAGAAAAUACUGCUGGCAUUGUCGUUGCAUUCUAUACAUCAAAUGUAGACACAUUUGAAAAGAAUCGCAACGAAUUUGACAUCGAGUUUAUGGGAAACGUAAAGGGGAAGCGGUGGAGGUUCCAAACGAACAUGUAUGGCAAUGGAAGCACAUCCCGCGGCAAGGAGGAGAGGUAUCGAUUGUGGUUCGAUCCGAGCAAGGAUUCUCAUUGUUACAGCAUUCUUUGGACGCCUAAGAACAUCAUUUUUUACGUGGGCAAAGUUCCGACAAGAGAAAUCGUUCGCAACGCAGCCAUGGCUGGGGAUUAUCCAUCAAAGCCAACGUCACUCUAUGCCACCAUAUGGGAUGCUUCAACUUGGGCCACAAAUGGUGGCAAAGAAAAAGUAGACUACAAAUAUGAGCCCUUUGUGUCAGAAUUCACAAACCUCGUACUUGAAGGCUGCAUUGUCGAUCCCAUUGAGCAAAUUUCAUCAACAAACUGCACUGAUAGAAUUGCAAGUUUGCUUGCUAAAAAAUACUCCACCAUUACUCCCGAGGGUCGAAAAUCGAUGAAACGGUUCCGCGAAAUGUUUAUGUACUAUUCGAGUUGUUAUCACAAUGUAAGGUAUCCAAUACCACCACCAGAAUGUGUUGUGGUGGCUUCAGAAAGGGAGAUGUUUCAAAAUGGUGGAAGGCUAAGGGAAAAGAUGAAGUUUGGUGGCAGCCACUGGCGGAACGGCCAUGGUUGGAGAUCCCGACGGCCGAGAAAAGUGGAAGCGACAGGCCAUGUAGCUGCUAUGUGA